AUGGUAAUGGACAACCGAAUAAAUGAAGAUAACGAAACUCAAAACAACUCAUCAAUUUUCAUAACAAAUUUUCAAAAUGGUGACAUCGUAAACUAUGCACUUGUAUUAAUAAAAGGAAUAGUAACUCGAGGAAAUUCUAACAAUCAAGAGAAACUAAUAUGUACAUUAAAAAGUAGAAAUACUCAAAUUAAAUCACAAUGGACUGUUUACAACGGAGAAUUCAAAUUGAUAAUAGAACUUCAAAGAGGAGAGAACGUAAUAGAACUGGAUUACACAGAACAACAGCAUAUGACAUUAUUACUUGAUUACACUCCAAGAAAAACAAAUCUUCGCGUUACUCCUGUGUAUAUUAUAUGUCAAGGACAUGACGGUUGUUUCCAAAGUCCACCAGAUAUUGAUAAUUCCAUUGAAAGUGCGUGCUCCCGAAUAUCACUUGGUUCCAAAUUAAUUCAGAGUCUAACAGCUGAAAAACUUUUUGAAAGUGGUGUCGGAAGAAAAACAUUUCAGCUAGAACAUGAAAUUGAUUCGAAAAAACCAGAAUGCUUAAUCUUUAAAAGUAAUCUCAAUGUUAAUAAGGCGAGAAAAAUGAAACAAACCGAACUAUGGUCUCAUUUCGGGAGAGAAUUAAUGUUGUCUGAUUUGGGAAGUAACGAUAGAAAGUUUUUGGGUUUUAUUUCAUGCACUCGUUUCAAGGGAACUGAUAUUGAUAAACCUAUGACACACGAAGAAAUCAUAUCUAUGACAGAAGCAUAUGCAGCUUUGGGAGGUGGCGGCUUAGCCCUAUUUGGCACUGCUUGUAUAUACACGUGGCCAAUAAACGUUGAAGAUAUUUUACCAAAAUUUUUAGAUUCAACACCGGUAAACACGAGACGAUUUAUGGAUGACAGUGGAUAUCGCGGAACUUUAGGAGGAUGUUUUGCAACUACAUUGGGAUCAGUGUUUCACGAACUCGGUCAUACGUUUGAUCUUGGACAUACAAAGGAUGGCAUAAUGGGAAGAGGUUUUGACAACAUUGAUAGAGUGUUUGUCGUUGGAGAAAAAAGAUCAGCUUUAGUUAAAGAUAGCAUGAACAAUUAUAACGGAAAGCCAGUGCAACAUUCCACAGUCUCUCUACAACGCAACAUAAGUGUUACAAUGAAUGUAGCUGAACCUUUACGAGUCUUGGGACCACGUAGUAAAACUACGCUUGGCAAUUUUGCAUCGAUGUCCAAAUCAGAUAUUAUAAGAAGAAGCCCAAACGUAACUCCGAUAACAAGGCCAUCCAGUGUUUAUUCAAAUAUUACUAAUAGACUUUCAGAUUCAAAGAGAAACAUUAAUAGAACUAAUGGAAAUGAUUCGAUAUAUUGGACGAGAAAUUGCGCAGUGUUGCUGUCCUACCACCGGUGGUUCAAUAAUGAAUUCGGCAGAGAAAGACAAGCCAUAACCAGAUAUUUAAAGUUUGAUAAAAAUAAAAUGAUGAUUAUUUCAACUGCUGGUCUCAGAAUAGUUGAAGUCAGAGAUGAAUCAAACGGAAUGGUAUUAGAUUCAUAUGAAUUCACUAAUUUAGUGCCAGAAAAAAGAUUCUUACUACCCUUUACAUUUUCGCCUAAAACCAAAGUUUUGACAAUAGUUGUGGAAGAUGACUUAGGCAACGUAUUAAAACAGACAUUUUCAUAUUAG